AUGGCAGCCACGAAGCCCCUGGUCCUCCUGCUCCAAUCCGGCGACGGAUGGCAAGGCCUCUUCGACCUUUACAAGGCUCUUUACACCAAGAUCGAGGAGGACUUCACCAUUAUCCAGACCAAGUCCCUGACAACACAACACCUUGCCGUCGCAAAAGCUGUCAUUGACUUCGAUGGCGGUCUUCCCCAGAAGAAGCACAAGAACAUCCAAAUCCACCUUGACCACUAUGUCAGGACGGGCGGUACCCUGAUCCUCGCAUGUCUGUUCACCAGCUUCGUUCGACCCGACGACUUUGAGCACUUGUGUCAAGAAAUGAGCCUGCCUUGGACGUAUGGAGAUUAUCACUCGUCAGACAUAUCUCAGCAUCAGACCGGUCACGCUGACAUCACCCAGCGCACUGACUUUGUGCUGAAUCCCGCUUUCGCACCUGUCUUUGGUAGAGAGGCUUUCCAGAAGCUCGUGCAGUCAUACAGCAUGAAAGCUGCACACCUGAUCAAUGUGCCCGCUGCCGCCAAGGUCUACGCUCCAACCGAUGACUCGCGUACUCUGUCUCUGGUCUUUGCCCCUGAACCAGUCGACACGACACAGACUCCGGCCGUUUGUCAUAAUCAUGGACGAGGCCAUAUCGCCUACAUCGGCGACGUGAACAACGAGAGUGGCUCACAAGCUCUGCUUGUAGCUAUGUUGAGAACCGCGGCAAAUGCGCCUCCUCGGGAAGAUGCGGUCGACGAGAUGACAAGUCUUCCAGCUCUGGUCUCUGGCUGUGAGGUGUGCGGGAAGGAUACUCCAGCCAAGAAGUGCGGUCGCUGCAAGAAGAUGGGUUCUACCGACGCGCCCUCACAUACCUCAGAGGACGAAGAUGUUCAAAGCAUUAGCAGGUCCUCCCAGCAUGGGUCGAUUUCGGAAUCUCAGGAUGAAUCCAGCAUAGCGGGCCAUGGUGACAUGAUGCUUGCUGGCGUACUUGAGAACUAUUAUCGAACCCGUGCCCUUGAAUUCCUCAACAGCGAUCCUGGUACUGUGGGGAGUUACACCGAGGAGUCGCCAGAAGUCCAGCGUGUGUCCCAACAACUCUCCGCCCAGGCAAGCCAGGUACUCUCAUCCAAUGGCCUGGUAUUCCCGCUUGCUGGGUCCAGCUCACAGGCUGUUCGGCAGCAAUAUCUCGAAGGUCUGCAUAGACUGGCAACGGCCGAUAAUAGCCCGGAGCCAGUAGGAGAUUUGGCUAUUCGGUCCUCACAGCUCUCGCUACUACCCCAUCCUGCAAACGACCUACAAUUGGCUAUUCCGUCACCACCGGUCCGUAUACGAAGUCAUUAUCAAUCUUCCUUCAGAGAGGUCUCUCUACUCGGCAAGGGUGGGUUUGGAAAGGUGUAUCGGUGCGAUAGCCUUCUGGACGAGAAGACCUAUGCAGUCAAGAAGAUCCUGCUUUCCCCAAAGCUAGGAAGGAGCUUCUGCGAUGGACGACAUGACGACCUCCAGCCUAUACUGCGCGAGGUGAAGGCCAUGGCCCGGCUUGACCACCCCAACGUCGUGCGCUAUCAUCAUACUUGGUUUGAGGAGCCACAGCAAACAGCCGGAACCAUGGAUGAGUCAGUUAAUAUCAUAGAUCAGCCAACUCGCCAAAGAUUAUUGCUAGACAACCGUCCCUUUAACCAUAACGCUAAGGGUGACUCGUCUAUCGGAGGGAUAGUGUUUGGAGAGGAUACACAACAGUCCUCCCUUGGCCAUGAUAAUGCCAAGGAGCUGGCUAUCAGCGGCCAGGGCUGGUCUGGACAAGACGCCUCCGAGUUUGACGCCGAAGAGACGACCUCGUCGUCUGAGAGCAACAUCUUCACGGAUGGAGAUUUUGGUUUGGUGGCCGAACUUGCGCAUACUGGAGUACCGGCGUCGUCUGACUCGGGAUCACAGAGACCAGUUGGCACUACGCACUAUCAACCACCAACCCAGAGAGAUCACAAGGACGAGAAAAUCGACAUAUUCGCCCUUGGAGUGGUGUUCGUGGAGAUGUUGUGUCGUUGUGGCACUACCAUGGAGCGAGUGCACAUGCUUGAGGGACUGCAGAGAGGCAGUGUACCCGAGAAUAUGCAGGAGACGCUACGUUGCGAAGGAUACAGUGCAGAGGUGAUCGAGAGAGUGGUGAAUCUGGCGAAAGCAAUGCUAGAUCCAGAUCCUGACACAAGGUGGUCUGGUCUGCAAGUCAGCGAGGGUAUACAGGCUUUACUUCGCGAAUGCGAAACACGAGAGGUUUCUACAUAG